CUCUUACACAAGCCCGAAUUUCGCAAUUGCACCACGCUUCAGUUCACAGCAAGAAAAAGAAUGUCGUUUAUCAGCCUCUCCGUACGUCGCAGCAUCCUCGCCCCGCGGCUACGUCCCACGGCGACACUCGCGCGUGCAUACACAACAGCCAAGGUGGACAUCAAGGCGCUGAAGAAGCUGCGCACACUGAACCCGGUGGCCAUGAGCAAAGCCAAAGAGGCGCUGCUGAGCUGCGACAACGACAUCACCCGGGCAUUGGCGUGGCUGGAGGAGGACGCGCUCAAGGCGGGGGCCAAGAAGGCCGACAAGGUCAAGGAUCGCGUGGCCUCGGAGGGAGCGGUGUCGGUGUUUGUGAACGAGUCGCUGACCGCAGCGACGAUUGUGGAGCUUGGGUGCGAGACAGACUUUGUGGCUCGCAAUGCGUCGUUUGUUGACUUGGCGGCAGAGAUUGCACAGGCCGGCAUGGGGUUCGCCAGCACGUCGGCGGAGGGGGCGGUGCUGGCAGGGAUCGAGGCACAUGACCUAGCCGCCAAAAUGCUCGAUGGCCGCACCGUGAGCGACACCAUCACCGAGACGAUCGGACGGCUGGGCGAAAACAUCGUGCUGCGGCGGGCGGCGGUGGUGGGUGCACCGUCUGCGGCUGAGAGCAUUGUGGUGAGCGGCUAUGUGCAUGGCAGCGUCAAGGGCAGCGCCGGUGGAUCGGCGGGCAAGAUCGGCGGGCUGGUGGCUGUGACCAGCAGCAUCAAGAGCGACGCACACCGGAGCACGCUGAGCCAGCUGACGCGCCGGCUCGCGCAGCAGGUGGUCGGGUAUGGGCCGCGGUUCACCACCAUGGAGGAGUACCAGAAGGCUGGUGAGCAGGCCGAGGCGCCGGACGCAGUAGUGCUGGAGGAGCAGCAGUUUUUGUUUGGCGGCGGCUCGGUCAAGGAGGUGCUGGCCAAGAUCUCAAAGGAGAUCGGGGCGCCGGUUGAGAUUCUGUCGUUUGUGCGGUACGAGCGCGGCGAGGGCGUGGAGAAGGCCGACAAGCCCGACUUUGCCGAGGAGGUCCGCCAGCAGCUGGCUUGAGGCAGGACGUCUACUAUUGUAGUUCGAUCCCAGCCUCACGCUUACUGGAAAGGCAUUGGACUAGAGCCCAACAACGUGAUCGCCGAAAGUUGGGGGCGUUCCUGAUAGUUCAGAG